AUGCAGGUAGUUCUUGUCUUGACCCUGGUGACAGCUGUGGUUGCUGCUCCUUCAGGACCUCCUUAUGGUUUUUCCCCAGCUUCAUCCUACAGGCCAGCUCCAUCCUAUGCGGCUCCCGCUCGCUACAACUUCGAGUGGGCCGUAAGGGACGGUCCCUCUGGCAACGACUUCGGUCACCAGGAGGCCCGCGACGGUGACAACACCAAGGGGUCGUACUACGUGCAGCUUCCCGAUGGUCGUCUGCAGACUGUGAAUUACUUCGUGGACGGUGACUCUGGCUACGUGGCCGAUGUCCAGUACCAGGGAGAGGCCCAGUUCCCAACCUACCAGCCUGCCUAUAGGCCUACACCGGCCUACACUCCAGUUCCUGCCUAUACACCUGUUCCAACAUACAGACCUGCUCCAGUGUAUGGCUGAAGUUAAAGCAUGAAUCAGCUUUCUGUGAUAAUUAUUAUUAGGCUUAGUAAUCCCAAUAAUAAUUUUGGGCAACCCCUUCAAAUCUGCAUUUAAAAAUAUAUUGUAAGACUUGCUUAUUAUUUAUUAACGACAAAUCUUUAAACAAUUAUCCAUUAUUUUUAAAUAUAUUAAUUUUUUAAAUUGAACACAUAUGCUUUUAGACCAUAAUUUAUUGAAAAAAAAACUUACUGUUAAAAAUUUCAUCACUUAUUCAUAAUUCAAAAGCUUUUUAUAACCCAAAACUUUUUUGAGCCGCCUCAAAAAGAUUUUUUGUAGGAAAAAAUGUUUUCGAGUAAUCUCAAAAGUUUUUGGAGUAAUCCAAAAAACGUUGUUGAGUAUCCCCCAUAGGUUUUUGAGUAGCCCCAAAAGUUUUUGAGUAGACCCAAAAGUUUGUGUAGCUCAAACAUGA